GGGCCGGGGUCGCCGCAGCGAAUCUGGCCUCAGCCCAGCUCCGGGGAUGGCGUUUGGCCACCGGCUCGGCGACGCUGGGCUCCGGGCUGGCGCCCGCUGCCCUCCCCCAGCCGGGCCUUGGCGUCGCUGCCCAACCUGCUGCCUUGUUUGUCUUCCUCCCGCGCCGCGCUCGCCCGUCGGACACGUCCCGAGCAAGGCCGCGGCUGGGGUCUGGGGCAGGAAGUGCCAACCCGGGCGACCCAGUCUUAGGGCAGGGAGAACUCCCCCGAUGCCAUCGUAGCCGCUCCCCCAGUUCAGCACCAUGUCGGAGGGCUGGGUGGACUGCCCCACCCUGGGGCCCGGAUGGAAGCGCCGCGAGGCCUACCGCCGAUCCGGGGCCACCUGUGGACGGACGGACACCUACUAUCAGGGCCCCAACGGCGAGAAAUUCCGCAGCAAGAUUGAGCUCACCAGGUUCCUGGGGCCCUCGCAGGACCUGACCAACUUCGACUUCAAGAACGGCGUGCUCCGCGACCCGCCUCCCAAGGGGGCUGGGACCCCACCUCCAGCCCCGCUCGCCUUGCGCCCCGUGCAGGUGAAGAAGGCUCAGAAGAGGCGCCUCUCGCUGUCGGAGCCAGACCCCCCAAACUCCCCUGAGCAGCCGCCCCCCAAACAGCAACCCGUGAAGCUGGAGCCCCCGGAGCAGCCGCCCCCGGAGCAGCGGCCUCCGCCCCUCCCGGAGCGACGCCCCCGGAAGCGCCCGGCGGCCCUGCUGGAAGCCCAGGAAUCGGCGCAGGAUGCCGUAGUGGCGUGCUGCGCCAGCUGCCAGAACUACUUCCCCGGGGUGACGCUGCCCAGCCAGAGACGCUGCCGCUGGCUGUGCCCGGACUGCCGAGCCCAGAGAAGAGACUUCAACAGGGAGCAGCGGUUCUUCAAGGUAAGGCCAGGCCUGGGGCUGGGGUGAGGGCCAGGAUUCCUGGGUUCUCUCCCUGGCUCUGGGAGGGGAGUCGGGUCUAGUGGAUAGAGGCGGG